GGGCGAGGGCGAGGGCGAUGACGAUGACGGCGCGAACGAAGGCGCGGCGAAUCGAGCGACCGCGCCUCGCGCGCGAGGGACGCGAGAUGGUCGAGUAAUCAUGCGGCGCAUGCUCGAGCUCGGCCUCGUCGCGGCUGGCGAAAACGUGUUGUCGACGACGCUGCGCAAGGAAGAGACAUUAGCUGAUUUGAAAGAAGACGGAACGAUCGUCUGGAGGCGAGCGAGGAAGAUCGUCGAUCCCGCGCCGGUGAAGGAUGAGGAAGGUGGCGAGGAAACCGCCGUCGACGCGGCGGACGUUGAAACGCUCGUCUUUAACACCGUGAGCGAGUUCCGUUUAGCAGUCGUGCGGGAGAAGAACCCAGAGCGAAAGGUGGACAACGGGUGGGAUUGGGUGAAAUACGCCGGGGUAAAGUUGGGCGAUAUCAAGCGGCGACUCCCUCCCGAACCCAAGCCCGAACCCAAGCCGCGGGCGAAGCGCGAGCCGAAGCCGACGCCGACGCCGAAGAAACGGAAAAAGAUCACGGACGACGAGCGUGGGUACCAUGCGGCGGUCAAACGCAUCGUCGUUCCCGCGCGCGAAAAGCGUGAAAGCCGAAACGCGUCUAAAAACAUCAACAUUGGCGAGAGCUUCGACGGACAGGGCGACUUACAAAUGGUGACGUGCGAAGCGUACAACAAACGACGGACGCAGCCAUUCAAAGUCACGGUGACUUCCGGCGCGGAGUUGGUGAUGGAUUUCCACGCGCAUUUGUGCUCGGACGAAAUCAUCGGAUUUCUCGGAGGCGUGUACGACGACGACGCGAAGACGUUGCGCAUUACGCGAGCGCUUCCUGCUCGACAGCUCGUCCAGGAACACGCCGGCGUCGAAGUCGAGCUCGAUCCAGAGAGUGUGCCGGCAAUCGUCGAGACAUUGACGGCCAAAGGUGAAGGUAUCGUCGGUUGGUAUCAUUCUCAUCCCGUGUUCGCGACGCAGCCGUCGAUUCGCGACAUUCAAAACCAAUUUGAAUAUCAAAAGAUGUUUGCGCGCUCCGAUGGUGAGUCGCAAACGAUCGCACCCUUCGUGGGUGCCAUCGUCGGUCCUUACGACGUACGAAACGACUCACAGAAGAGCGACGUUCGGAUGUUUCACUGCGUCGAUUUCGGCGGCGAACCCGAGCCGUACGAACUGAAAGUCGAACACGCCGGAUGCGAAGACGUUUCCCCUGAUGUGUUGCGCGAACUCAAAGGCCUCGCAGAUAGAUUCAGAACCACGCCGCACGCUGGUGUCGGCGACAGCGAGCCGCUCGCGGCGAUUGACUUGAACGCCACGCCGGUGUCUCUCACCGAGCAUUGGCGCGACGGCACGACUCGUCUCGAGAAAUUUGAACAUUCGUUGUGCGCUCGACUGCCAAAGUCUUGGCAGGACGAGACGAAAACCGCGUACGUUGGAGGGAUAGUCAAGUACCUCAAAACAGCGUGGGGCGUCGCCGCCGCAUAGAA